AUGUUCACAUCUUCAGUAAAAUACCGAAAAUGUUCUUAUGCUGCUCAUUGUCCUUUGCAGAGUCCACAACUGUCUUCCGAGAAUGAAAUGAGCAAAAAUCCUGAUGUACGAUAUAUUUGUGAAGUAGAUGAACGAUUAGGCUUAAUCGUUAGAUUAUAUGCAAUAGUGGAAAGUUCUCUGCAGAAAAUUAAAGCAGAAAUGCUAAUCGAGCAGAUUCGGGCCCAAAUUUUGCCUUUUGAUCGGACAUUUGGCGAGCAUCCGGUCAACAAUAUUGGAAAUGACGCGCAGCUGGCCAACCUUCUCGGUACAACAUUAACCUCAAUUGAACGAUUAUGUUCUCAAAUACACAGAGAGCGAAAAGAGGAAACACCAAAUAUUGCUAUCAUUAUAAUACGCGAACGCCUUAUUCUUUGUGGCAUUUUGGGAGACAUAGUGUAA